AUGAUUGCCAGUGCAAGCAGCAGUAAACGACCAUUGACUAGCGAAUCCUAUGAACGAGAUCCUCCUGGGAAGUUUCCAAAGACAUUCCAUACAAACGGCAAGCCUGAUUCCCCAUCAAGUAGUGGAAAGGACAACUUUUUUCAAAGACAAGACGAUCGUGAACACGCAUUGCAAGCAACACCCGUGUCUUCAAAGGUAGAAUGCGAUGGUGUUACCAUGUUAAACAAACUUCGUGAACGACGAGAAGAGCUGAAACGGUUAUAUAUUGGACUAUUGAAGAAGAUGACAGAAGAAGCAACAUUGGAUGAACAUGGUCGACUAUGUGCACGAUCUACUAAGCGAUGGACAUCGAUUGUCUCGAUACCCGGCUUUGAACAGCUACCCGACAAUGAUCAAAUCGCAUGGCAAUUGUGUACGCUCUUAUUCGAUCCCCAGCCAAACAGCGAGGAGCAACGAUUACGGCAUUUCAGGAAUUGGCUUCUCGAUUAUGUUUCUAUACGAGCUGAUACAGCAGCAGAAUACGCUUCUUUGCACAAUCACGAUGAUCCCUAUGCGCCCAUCUUUAUUUAUUUGACGUAUGGUAGCCUACAAGGAGCAGCCAAUGCCGCAACCCAUGGACCAGCAAAAGACAAUGAAUUAGCAUACAUGAUUGCAUCAUCCCCAGCACCAUUCAAGGAGUUACGCAUCAUGCACAAAGAACGAUUAGACCAACUUGUACAAUCAGGCCAUUUUGAUCGAUUCACACCUUAUCAGCAACGGAUAUGGCGUGUGUUAUGUGGUGAUAUGAGCAUUCUGGAUGAUGACAGCAUACAAUUGGAUUGGCGACAAGUGUUUGUGCUGUACAUGAUGUAUGGCCAGAUACGCGAUAAGAAGGAUGUGGAUGGAUUGGAUGCGCUGAUUGGUCUAUAUAUUGAGCGCUUUGAGAACCCUUUCUAUUAUCGGAUGAGCCAUGAUGAGACGACGACGACGACGAAUCCACAGGACCGGCCCACAUGGUACACUGUGCUCAAAUUCUGGCGUCGGCUACACUAUCACCCUGAACAAUUGCAUUUGGAUCGUCACCCAAUUCAUCUCGAUGACUGGUCUCCGUGGCUCGGUGUGUGCUUUUCCAUUUUCUUCCCAAACGUGUUUCCUAGAAGAAAAGUAACCGAAUGGAUGCAACGCGUGAGUCAACAAUUGCGAAAAGUCGGUGCUACAAAUGAAGACAUUCCCAGUAUUCUGGCACCCUACAUGGGACUCUCAUGA